CAAACUCCGAGUCCAUUUUCAUAUAGAAUUUUUCAUAUAUUUUUCUUUUUUUUUUGUUUCUUCAUCAUGACACAAGCUAAAACUAUCGGUGAACUAGCUGUUGUUGCAUUGAAAGCGAAAGAUCUUCCCAAUCGAGAGAUUGUAGGGAAACAAGAUCCUUUUUGUGUAUUUAGAUUAGGAGAAGAGGCUAAAAAGACAAAAACUGACUAUAGAGGUGGACAACAUCCUGUAUGGGAUGACCAAGUCAAUUUGAUAGUACCAGAAGGCAAAGUCAAGAUGCGCGUUCAACUUUUUGAUGAAGAUGCUAAACGUGAAGAUUUGAUAUCAGAAGCUGAUAUUGAUAUUUCAACAGUAAUCAAAGAAGGCGAACAAGAUGGAUGGUUUCCUUUAACAUAUAAGGGGCGUAAGGCUGGUGAAAUUUAUUUAGAAUUGACUUUUUAUUCUGCUCGUCCACCACCUCGUCGUCAACCUACAAGAUAUCGUGCUGGUAUGCGUCCUCAAUCAUAUCAAGGUGUACCUCCAGUACCUAGUCCUAGCAAUUAUUCUGGUACAACAGGUCGACCUCUUCCUCCUGCGCCAUCUGCUUCAACAUCUACUCCAGCCAGAUAUAACAAUGUAUUUCCUGCGCCUUACACCCCAGCCCAACCAGUUCAAUCUGUACAACAUUCAGCAACUCCUCAUAUGCCACCUUCUUUGACUCCUACUCCAUCUACUUCAACCAGUACAGGUUAUCCUUCAGUUCAACGUCCUCCUCAACAAUAUUUGCAACAACAUCAUCAACAACAACAGCAACAACCUGGAAACAACAAUAACUCAUAUUAUCCUCCUCCAAACUCAGGAGCAACCCAACCUUUAUUGUCUCAACCUUUCCGACCAGGUCAUUCUCCUCAGAAUUCGCAAGGUGGUCAAGUCAAUCAAGGAUAUCCUCCUACUACUUCUCAUCACCAUCCAACACCACAAGGUCAGUCUCAUCAUCAACCUUAUCCACCUCAAGGUCCACCAGCUCAAUAUGGUAAUUUUACCACUCCAGUCAUGGCAUCUUACCCUCCACCUGGAUCUUCCAAUGGUGUCAAUUUCCCUGAACCUCAACGAAACUCUACUUUUUCUUUCUCUGGUCAACAACAACCACCAUAUCCUAACCCGUCUGCUCCACUUGGCCAUAGCUAUCCUCCAAAUCAUUCUGGUUAUCCUCCCAAUCCAUCUGCUGGUUACCCUCCUAACACAUCUUCUGGUUACCCACCCUCUGGUUAUCCACCCAAUCCAUCUUCUGGUUAUCCCCCCAACCCGCCCUCUAGUUACUCCCAUCAUUAGAUUUGUAACGUAGAAUAUACUUGUUCAAUAAAUAUUUUGGUUUUUCUUUCUUUU